UCAAAACACAAAUGGAACUGGAGGUGAACUGACAUGUGGCUCCAAGGCGCGCGUUACCGCUCCCCAAACUUCUCGAAGAUAUUUUUCUCUAUACUUUGGAAACAGGGUAGCAAAAGAUGACUCCUCGGUGAGUGGUCCACCCUUAUUGUCCGUGCUGGGCGUAAACGAGGAUCCAUUGAACUUUGUAUUUUCGACCACUCCAACCACCAAAAAAUGCUCGUCUUAUACGAGACAGCACUGGGAUUCUGUCUCUUCAAAGUUUCUGAUGCUGGAAAGUUGGAGAAACCGUCUUCGCUAUGGAAAGAGUUCGAAAGUCCUGAAAAAGCACAUCAGUUGUGAGUUCCACUACAAACACGAGGAGCGCAUGGAAUUAACGGCUAUUCAGGAGGGGAAGAUCCCAAAGACACUAAAGCAAUUCUUGACAAACGAAGUCAUAGAAAAGGGAAAAGGAAAAGAGGUCCUUGCCGUGUCUGAUACGAAACUCGGAAAGGCGAUUUCGAAAAAGCUUGGUAUUGAAAUAUACUCUAAAGCAACCCAGGAUGAACUAUUGGAUCUGUACCGAGGGAUACGAGAACAGAUUACCACGCUUUUAAACGGAUUGGACCCCAAAGACCUGACCACUAUGAGUUUAGGUUUGAGCCACUCGCUAUCGAG